GCGGUCGCCGGCAGCUCCACCGGAGCGGCCGGCGGGUCCCCAGCAAAGCGCGGGACAGGGGAACCCCGCCCCCAUCGGGCCCUCCCUCCCGCCGGGACCCCGCCUCCUCCCCAAGGUAGCUGCGGCUCGCUGGAAGCCGGGAGGACAGCGGGGAGCGAGCGAGGGGGGACCGGGCGCCCGGCCGCGGCGCUACAGUUCCCUGCCCGGGGCGCGCCCACCCGCUGCCGGCGCCCAGGCCAUGCCGGAGCGCUGGGGCCGCGCGGCAGCAUGAAGGGCGGCGACCAGGCUUACAGCCGAGGCCCCUCUCUGUGGCUCUUCGCGAAAUGCUGCUGUUGCCUCCCGUGCAGAGAUGCAUACUCUCAUUCCUCAAGUGAAAAUGGAGGCAAAUCCGAGUCAGUGGCCAAUCUGCAGGCUCAGCCCUCCCUGAACUCCAUCCACAGCUCCCCUGGUCCCAAGCGUUCCACCAACACCCUUAAGAAGUGGCUGACAAGUCCCGUACGCCGGCUCAACAGCGGGAAAGCAGACGGAAACAUCAAGAAACAGAAGAAAGUACGGGAUGGUCGGAAGAGCUUCGACCUGGGAUCUCCCAAGCCUGGAGAUGAGACAGCCCCUCAGGGAGACAGUGCUGAUGAGAAGAGCAAGAAAGGUUGGGGUGAAGACGAGCCAGACGAGGAGUCACACACACCCCUGCCUCCACCCAUGAAGAUCUUCGACAACGACCCUGCGCAGGACGAGAUGUCCUCCUCUUUGCUAGCAGCCCGGCAGGCCUCCACGGAAGUACCCACUGCUGCAGACCUUGUCAGUGCAAUAGAACAGUUGGUCAAAAACAAGCUGAGUCUAGAAGGAGGCUCAUACCGGGGGAGCCUGAAAGACCCUGCAGGCUGCCUGAAUGAGGGGAUGACCCCACCUGCACCUCCUAGAAACCUGGAAGAAGAACAGAAAGCCAAGGCCCUGAGAGGCAGGAUGUUUGUCCUGAACGAGCUGGUCCAGACAGAGAAGGACUAUGUCAAGGAUCUGGGGGUUGUCGUGGAGGGCUUCAUGAAGAGAAUAGAAGAAAAGGGCGUCCCUGAGGACAUGCGAGGAAAGGACAAGAUCGUGUUUGGAAAUAUUCACCAGAUUUAUGACUGGCAUAAAGAUUUUUUCCUGGCUGAACUGGAAAAAUGUAUCCAGGAGCAAGACAGAUUGGCACAGCUCUUUAUUAAACAUGAGCGGAAGCUGCACAUCUAUGUGUGGUACUGCCAGAACAAGCCGCGCUCUGAGUACAUCGUGGCUGAGUACGACGCCUACUUUGAAGAGGUGAAACAGGAGAUAAAUCAGAGGCUGACGCUGAGCGACUUCCUUAUCAAGCCCAUUCAGAGAAUAACAAAAUAUCAGUUGCUCCUCAAGGACUUCCUGAGAUACAGCGAGAAGGCUGCUUUGGAAUGUUCAGAUAUCGAGAAAGCAGUGGAGUUAAUGUGCCUUGUUCCAAAACGCUGCAAUGACAUGAUGAAUCUGGGACGCCUGCAGGGCUUUGAGGGCACCCUGACGGCUCAGGGGAAGUUGCUUCAGCAGGACACGUUCUAUGUGAUCGAGCUGGAUGCAGGCAUGCAGUCCCGGACCAAGGAGAGGCGUGUGUUCCUCUUCGAGCAAAUUGUCAUCUUCAGCGAACUGCUCAGGAAGGGAUCUCUCACCCCAGGCUACAUGUUCAAAAGGAGCAUCAAGAUGAAUUACUUGGUCCUGGAGGAGAACGUGGACAAUGACCCCUGCAAGUUUGCCCUGAUGAACAGGGAGACUUCUGAGAGGGUCAUUCUGCAGGCUGCCAACGCUGACAUCCAGCAGGCCUGGGUCCAAGACAUCAGUCAAGUCUUAGAAACACAGCGAGACUUCUUGAAUGCACUACAGUCGCCCAUUGAGUAUCAGCGGAAAGAAAGGACCACAGCCGUGAUGAGGCCCCAGGCGGCUAGGGGUCCCCAAGCCAGUCCCAGGCCCUACUCUUCUGUCCCCGUGGGCUCUGAGAAACCCCCAAAGGGCUCCAGCUAUAACCCGCCUCUGCCACCCCUGAAGAUAUCUACCUCCAAUGGCAGCCCAGGGUUUGACUAUCACCAGUCUGGGGACAAGUUCGAGGCCAACAAGCAGAGUGACCUGGGAGGCUGCAACGGAACCUCAUCCAUGGCUGUGAUCAAAGAUUACUAUGCACUGAAGGAGAAUGAAAUCUGUGUGAGCCAAGGUGAGGUGGUCCAGGUCCUCGCCGUCAACCAGCAGAACAUGUGCCUGGUGUACCAGCCUGCCAGCGACCACUCCCCCGCAGCCGAGGGCUGGGUCCCAGGCAGCAUCCUGGCUCCCCCCACCAAAGCCACGGCGGCGGCAGAAAACAGUGACGGGAGCAUCAAGAAGUCAUGUUCAUGGCAUACUCUACGCAUGAGAAAGCGGGCGGAAAUGGAGAACACGGGUAAAAAUGAAGCCACAGGGCCUCGUAAACCCAAGGAUAUUCUGGGCAACAAAGUCUCUGUUAAAGAGACGAACAGUUCCGAGGAGUCAGAGUGUGAUGAUCUUGACCCUAAUACUAGCAUGGAGAUCUUAAAUCCAAAUUUCAUCCAAGAAGUGGCCCCAGAAUUCCUUGUGCCCUUAGUGGAUGUGACCUGCUUGCUUGGGGACACAGUGACAUUGCAGUGCAAAGUCUGUGGGCGGCCAAAGCCCAUCAUCACCUGGAAGGGUCCAGACCAGAACAUCCUCGACACUGACAACAGCUCAGCCACGUACUCCGUGUCCUCCUGUGAUUCUGGGGAAAUCACCCUAAAGAUCUGCAAUCUGAUGCCCCAAGACAGCGGGAUUUAUACCUGCAUAGCUACAAACGACCAUGGGACCACAUCAACGUCAGCUACAGUUAAAGUGCAAGGUGUUCCAGCUGCCCCCAACCGCCCCAUUGCCCAGGAGAGAAGCUGCACAUCUGUGAUCCUCCGCUGGCUGCCCCCAUCCAGCACAGGAAACUGCACUAUUUCCGGCUACACCGUGGAGUACAGAGAGGAAGGUUCCCAGGCCUGGCAGCAGUCUGUGGCUUCAACCUUGGACACUUACCUCGUCAUCGAAGACCUCAGUCCUGGGAGUCCUUACCAGUUCAGAGUCAGUGCCAGUAACCCCUGGGGGAUCAGCCUUCCCAGCGAGCCCUCAGAGUUCGUGCAACUUCCAGAAUACGACGCUGCUGCUCAUGGGGCCGCCGUUUCCUGGAAGGAAAACUUUGAUUCGGCUUAUACUGAGUUGAAUGAAAUUGGAAGAGGCCGUUUCUCCAUAGUAAAGAAGUGCAUUCAUAAAGCCACCCGCAAGGACGUCGCUGUGAAAUUUGUUAGUAAAAAAAUGAAGAAGAAAGAGCAGGCUGCCCAUGAGGCGGCCCUACUUCAGCACCUGCAGCACCCCCAGUACAUCACCCUCCAUGACACCUACGAGUCCCCCACGUCCUACAUCCUGAUUUUGGAACUGAUGGAUGAUGGCCGGCUUUUAGACUACCUUAUGAAUCAUGAUGAACUGAUGGAAGAAAAGGUAGCUUUCUACAUCCGAGACAUCAUGGAAGCUCUGCAGUACCUCCACAACUGCAGGGUUGCACAUUUGGACAUAAAGCCUGAAAACCUGCUCAUUGACCUGCGGAUUCCAGUGCCUCGAGUGAAGCUCAUCGACUUGGAGGAUGCUGUCCAGAUCUCAGGUCACUUCCACAUCCACCACCUGCUGGGGAAUCCUGAGUUUGCUGCCCCAGAAGUGAUCCAAGGCAUUCCUGUCUCUCUGGGCACAGACAUCUGGAGCAUAGGGGUUCUUACCUAUGUCAUGCUGAGUGGGGUCUCCCCCUUCUUGGAUGAGAGCAAAGAGGAGACAUGUAUCAAUGUGUGCAGGGUGGACUUCAGCUUCCCCCAUGAAUACUUCUGCGGCGUGAGCAAUGCCGCCAGAGAUUUCAUCAAUGUGAUCUUGCAGGAAGACUUCCGGAGGAGGCCCACAGCAGCCACCUGUCUACAGCACCCAUGGCUGCAGCCCCACAAUGGAAGCUACUCCAAGAUCCCCCUGGACACUUCCCGCCUGGCAUGCUUCAUAGAACGCCGCAAGCAUCAGAAUGACGUGCGGCCUAUUCCCAACGUGAAGAGCUACAUUGUCAACCGGGUAAACCAAGGCACAUAGCCACCUUCUGGCCCCUGAGGUUUCACAUGGAACGCAGGGUGAACCAAAGCAAGACUGAAUGUGUCUGUAAAUAACUCAGUUAAUUAUUUCACUCCAUGGGGUUCUCUGGAUUGAGAAAUGUACCUCUUAACCUCAUCAGUGGUUAUUCAGGGCCUGGGCAGCAGUAAAACCAUCCUAAAUCCAGGGGCUUUCCAGAUGGUCAUUUACAAGAGAGAAAGAUGCAAAGUCACAGAAAGUAUUAAGAAGAGAGAGACAAGGAUAACAAGAAUAUUAGCUCUUACAAAAUUGUAAUCAUGUGUUCCAAAAUGAUUGGUUAACUGGGCAAACUUAAGCUCACCAUAGUGAGUAUAAAAGGUCUCUGCCUUUGCUGAAAUUUUAAGCAAAAAGUUCUAUUUAACAGAGAUGUCAAGUAUGUCAACUAUUCUGGUUUAGAUUAUUUAGAUAUAGUUUCCUAGUAGGAUACAUAUACACAUACAGUAAAAUAUAUCCCAUUCAUGUUUCAGAGUUUUAUAAUACAGAGAUAUAUAUGAGAUCAAUCAUAAAUAACUUUGAGUGCUCCAGUUAAGACAGUAAUUUAUUUAUCAAAGCAUUACAUUGUUUUGACUAAGCACAAUUAGAUGACAAGUUUUUUAGAACAUUUUAUAAAUCUUGUAUAGAAAUCUUUUACCAGAACCCAUUAAGAAAAAGCAAUGUUACCCUUUUGCAAUCUGUGAGUGAGAAGAUUUUUUCUCUGAGUCACGGGUAUUUGAUUAACAUAGGUUCUGUCUAUGAAAUGCUACCCCCAAAUUCACUGGCAGCUCAGAGUUAAUCUGGCAGGAAAGCCUGCCAGGAAAUAAGUCCAAAUACAGUAAGAGUUGUGGGGCUAUUUUUAUGUCUACACUUGGUUUAAAAUAACGAACAUAACAGGUUCAUACAAAAGGGCAAGUAGAAACCUUUCCUACAGUUCCUAGGAAGAACUUAGCAACACUUUCUGGUUUCUUCUACAGCUGUAGGAUACAGUCCUCAGAAAGUUGGCUUUCUUUCUUUCUAACCCCUUUUGGAAGCUAAGGGAUGCUUAUCAAAAGGAGGCAGCCAUAUAGGCCUUGUAAGGGCCUGGUUCCAAGUCGUUUUUCAAGCCAUGGAAUAAAAUCCAAUCUAUCACCCUAAUAGAGAAUAGAGUUUUAACUAUGACUGCAAUACUGAUCACCACUCAGCGCUGAUAUUUCCCUGGACCAAAAGGACUAAUUGCACUUUGAGGCCAAUGCUGCUUUCUGGUGUAUAUUCUCCAUACAAGAUGACUAUACAUACAAGACGAACUGCCCUUUUUCCCUCUGGUGGAAAAGAAAAUCAAACCUGGGCAUUUCAUGUUUUUUUUCCUUUUGUUUUUGGGGAAGUUUUCAUUUUUAUGUUUGUACAUAAUCCACCCUUUGUUUUCUAGGAUGUGUUUUGAAAAUUACUGUUAAGCAAAUAAUAUUUUUAAAAUGUAACUGAAGUGUCUGUCAGAUCAGGUUUAAUGGUAUUGCUUCUCUCCUAUAAUAGGAGUGAGAGAAGUUAAAUCAUGCAGCACCGAAGUGCAAGCAGAAAGUUUAUGAAGGAUAAAUAAAACUACAAACCUAUCUAAAUGGAAAAGAAUGCUGGAAACUAAUCCUGAAUUUUAAUAGAUAAAAACACUUAUUCCCACAGUGGAAAUGUAGAAUUAAAAUGUCCAUCAUUCUUUUCCAUUGAUUUCAAAGCCAACUUCCUCAUCCACCCUCCACCCCAUACCGUCUAAGAUUAUAGACUGAUAAAUUAGUAGUAAGUAUGAGCAAUAAGACUAGAUAGCAUUUUGUAUUUUCAGAAUUAACCAAAUAUGUGGAACUUGACUCUGGCUGUAUCUGUUUCCUAGUUCUUGAAUGGCUCUGGGUCAUCAAGGCCCCCUCCCUCAGAGCUCUCUCCUGACUAACCUGCCAUAGUCUUUAUUUAAACCUAUAUGUACAUGAUACACUAUUUUUAAAUUUAAAACAUAUUUACUAAAAAUUCUUUUGGUAAACAUGGCUUCAUUAUGAAAUAUAGCAUAAAAGAAGAAAGCCUGGUCCCUAGGACUCCUCAUGGGAUAGACUGCAAGUUCUGAGGAUUCCAAGUAUCCUCACGGUUAUGGCUUGGCAAGUUCUGUUCUGUCCCCUGGGGACAGUGGUUAAAGAGCCCCCUGAUGAGUCACUUUGAAUUGUUCUGACCAUGCAGGAGAUAAACUGAGAUUCUGCUUGAGACGGAGAGGGCCCAGGAUGGUGGUACGCAGACUGCCCAUGAGCGUUAAUGAAAUCGUGUUUUGGGGAGGGUGGCGGGCAGUGUUAGAGCCAAAGCUUUUAAUCAGCUUUUACAUCAGAGUUGGGAUGGUCCAGAUACGAGGUUUCAUGGAACUCCCCAAGGACACAUGUUGGGGAAGCAAGGAGACAGAAGAGGAGGGACAUAGAAGGGAAAAUAGUAAGAGUCUGUUAACUGGAGCCAAAGUACAAUCAUUAGAGUAGAACAAAUUUCAUAGAGGCCCCAAGAGAAAGGACAUGUAUUUUAUAUAGGUUGAUAACAAGAAAACUAAUAGGGAGGCUCCCUGCCUGCAAAGCUCCUGGUCCUUCCCGACGGUUAGGAGAGUGGUCCUGGUUCAAGAAUUCUCUAGAGCAAGUUGGAAAUAACAAGGAACCCCAGGAGAUGGGGCGGGGAAAUGUACUUUAGGUUGCUCUGUGGGCAGCUGUGAUGAGGGAUGAAGGAUUAGGGACCGGUUUCUUGUACCUGUUUUGGCAGAUAUGUUAAUUACCUUGUGGUAGAGAAGAGAGGAGAGAAAAGAGUUCCCUUUUACUAUAAUUAUGGUAGUUCUCGAAAUCAAGGAAUUAGUUACCUAGGAAUUAGUAAGAGUGAACUUCCAGUUGAAAUGAGAAAGGUAAAUGUUGGUUAAAGUCCCAAGUUUCUUGCUUGGCUUAUAUUCAUUGCAUGGGGUUUUGGGUUUUUUUUGUUGUUGUUUCCUAACGGUGGGACGCAGACAGAAAGAAAAGAUCAGGGACAGCCCACAAUUUUUAAAUGGUAUGAUUUACUGCAUCUUUUACAUUUGCUUGAAAUAGAUUUAUAUCCACUUACAAUUGAAUGUGGGAAAAUGUUUAAGGAAAAAAAUUGUAAUGUUGGCAGCGUCCUUCAGGUGUCAGAGCCAUAGACACUCUUGGGGGAGAAGGGGAAGCAGAGGAAGAGCUGGCUUUGUGGCUUUGUGGUUCACAAGCCUUUAUAAAUAGUAGUGCCUUUCAGAGGGGAGGAUGGGAGUUAAAGAAGUCCAUUGCAUUUAGAUUGACUGAUACUGCUGCAUUCUUUCUUUAUUUUAAAGUAUCUUUGAAAUGAAAACAUCUGAAUAUAGGGUGAGCACAGGACUUCUUGAGCUUCAACCUCAGCUAUUCCUGAUUCAUCCUUUCUUACAGAAAGUCUUUGUUUUUUCUGCCCCAAGUGUCCCCAUUGUUAAAAUGGGAGUUGGGGGAAGGAGGGAGGACAUUCAUCUCAUAGGAAUGUUGGAAAAAUACUUUAGUUGGGAUGUCUAGAAAAUGCUUUGAUUUUUUAAAAGUGCUACACACUGCCAGUCUAAGAAUUUUAUUGACAGUAACUUUGGACAUUCCAGGUUUUCAAUAUUCAUGUCUUAGGAUACCAUUUGUGAGUGAAGCUAAAUUCUGUAAGUUGAUUUUAACUGGAAGUACUAGGUGCUCUUUGUCUUAAUGUCGUUUGGUCUUAGCCUGUAAUUUUGAUCAUUUAAAAGCUUGUCUACAGAAAAGAGCUGAUGAAGUCUUACGUCAGUCAACUGUUUUCUCCAGUAUUUCUUAGGGCAGACACAGAGUGGGAUGCCCUCCAAAGCAACCACUACUCUCUCUCUCAAGCUCUAUGCUCUGGAAAAUUGAUAGAAAAGAACCCAAACAGCCACUUUCUCCACUAGGAGGGCAGAAGUGAGGAUAAAAUAUUUUUUGAUACCACAACUCAUUUCUGCACAGUCCCACAGGUAUCUCUUAAAUGCACAGGUAUAGAAAUGAAUUGAACUGUUGGUUUGGGGAGACAAAACCUUGGAGCUUUUUUUUUUUUAGAUAAUUAGGUGUUUCACUGGUAGCAUAUUUGCUUUCUUGUAGCCUCCAUAAUUCACUGCCUGUGAGGUAACCAUUACUUUUUUCUUGCUUAUGUGGAAGAGCAUGGAAAUUAAGAUUUGUGAGAAUAUGAGGGAGCAAAUAUGUUAUAAACUAGAAAGUGGUUAUUUCUGUGUAUUAACUACUAAACUUUUGUCCCAUGAAUUUGACAGAGAAGGAAAUAUUUCAAAUAUAAGGGGUCUGUGUAGCAGGGCAAAGAUGCAAACUCACCAUCUCCUUGUUCAGUUUUUAGGAAUGUGGACCUUACUCUUUUUCUCUCCUGGGCAGCAUCUCUGUGGAGUCUGGGUUAGACAAACACAGUACAUGAGUGUUCAGUGGAUUUAUUUGCACGAUGUCUCUUCAGAACUAUUUAAAAUCUAGGGUUCAUUUGGGAAUGAUUAAACUCAAGGCAGGGAUAGGAAAGACAAGGUUCACACAUACUCCACUAAGAAGAGGGAAGCUAUCAUGUUAAUAUUUAUUUCCUAAAUGCUAUAAGGCUAGUUGUUUCAUUAACUUUUAGAGGGUUAAAAAAGGACUGAAAUGUGUCCAUAGUACUAUACAUUUUUAAUAGAAAAUAUUAUUCAUGUGAGAAAUCUAUACAGAAAUAGAACACAAAUAUCACAGGUCAUAUUUUCUAUUAAAGGCAUUUCCUCCUCAUUUUCAUUAUAUGUAGAAGUUAGAGGAAAGUAAACAGCAAUUACACUUUAGACAAAUUUUCAUCCUUAAGGGACAUUUAUGGAAACACUGAAAUUAAUACUCACAGGCUAUUGUGUUUUCCUGUCAGUCUGUUUGCAGGAAGAUUCUAAAAUGUCAGAUUUAGUUUUUAUUCAAAUCAUCAAAAUUAACUGUUUAUUCAAGUAACUGUUAUUUUGCCUAGUGAAGAUAGCCAAGAAAGGGCAGGUGGUGGAAAAAGUGCAAAUAAAUUUCUUGAAGUCCCAACUCCUUAGGCUUAAUUUAAGCAAGCCAGCUUGCUAGCCCAAGCAUAGCUAGCCCAAGUGUUCCAUCAAUACCUGACUCCUAUCAAGAAAUGAAUCCACCUCCAGGAGUACUGGGGAACUGCUACUAUGAUCUCAAAGACUGCAGUUAUGGACUGUAAGUUAACAGAAUAUACAUCUUCUCUUACUAACUUAAGCCAUAUCUGUUAUCUCUGUGUUUGACUUUUUUGACCCUGGUGCUUUUACUUCUGUUUCUGCCAAACUUCAGCCUACUCUAUGGGGAAGGUGAGUAAAAUUAAUAAGACAAAUGUGAAGACUGUAAAGGAACUAAACAUACUCUAGAAUGAGAUCCUAGUCAGAGAACAGUAGUGGUUGAAGUGCAAACUGUUGGAAAAUAUGGAUAUAUGUACAUCUGUACAUGUAUAUAGUGUAUAAUAUGUACGUAUAUGUUAUUGCUCAUAUGCUGAAAUCUAUCCAGUUGAAGACAACCCAAGUGGGUCAAUUUUUCUAUUGGAAAACCAUUAAGGGCCAUUCAAAACCAUUAGGAUUGGUAAGUGGAGUUAGAGUCUACUCAUUUGGGAAUUUUUUGUUGUUUUUUGAAGUCCAGUAAGCCAAAUGAACAAAGCCUGAAAUAUAAUUGGGCACUCAUUUAGGUUAUUCUGUUUUCCUGGAAUCAGAAGUAUCUUUAUAUUUAAAUUAUUAAAAGUUGGUUUGCAAACUGCAUUGGUACCUCUUGGUUUUGAGUGACCCUUCCCCAACAAGUCUUUCAAGAAUUUGGGAUGGGCUUCUCUGGCCAUUCAGAUAAAGGGCCUUAUCUGUAAGUGGACAGGUUUCCCCAUAGGGACCAUUACACAUAUACAUAUAAGUAACACAUCGGCUUGUAACAAUUGAUUUGAAAUCAUUCCACAGUAUUGAUAAAUAGUUCUAUAUUUUCAAGGUGCAGAAGAAUUCCACAGCCUUAAUUAUUUCAGUGUCUUGCUGGUCUGCCUUAAGUGUAUCUUCUGGGUUUUUGGUUGUCUUAUUUUUCUGCAGUUGUUCAUUUUGUAUGCACACAAUGUUGUUUUGUAAAGGUAGGUUGUAAAUAUUUUAUUUGUAAGUCAAAAUCACUCAUGUGUAAUGUUGUAAAGUGAUGACCUGCUGUCUUGUUAUUAUUACUACAGUAAAUGUUGUAAGUUAUGGAUGAAACUUCAAAAUGUACAUCUCACAAGUUAUGCAUUCCUAUAAAUAUACUAUACUAAACAUUA